CAGCGCCAUCUACGUUGAAUGAAUGAUCAUUGAGUUGAUUGAGAAAGCGUGAGCUACUUCAUACAGAAACGGCACCAUGACAGACGCCGGAUUUUUCCGCGGCACCAGUGCCGACCAAGACAAUCGCUUCACAAAUAAGAAAAAGAAGCUGUUGAGAUCGCUCAAGUUCAAUCCUAUUAUGGAGAGAAAGGUGAGCAUGAGCAAGGUCAACUUGGAUACACUAAAACCAUGGAUUACAACGAAAGUCACCGAGAUGCUUGGAGUGGAAGAUGAUGUCCUCAUCGAGUUCAUCUUUAACCAAUUGGAAGAAGAACAUCCUGACCCGAAGGACAUGCAGAUCAACCUGACAGGAUUCCUCAAUGCCAAGAAUGCCCUGGCUUUCAUGACGGAACUGUGGGAACUGCUCACCAGUGCUCAGGAGAACAUCGCCGGCAUACCAGCUCCGUUUCUUGAACAGAAGAAAGAGGAAAUCAAGAAGAGACAGCAAGAGCAAGAGCGGAUCCAGGCGGAGCUGAGCAAGCUCAAGGAAGGCACAGAGGUCCAGGGUGAUGGAGACAGGACAGAGAAGAGACGGGGAGACAAAGACGAGAAGGAAGAUGUCAAUGGAAGCGGUGACAAGAAAUCUCCAGAUGAAUCGAAGCCAGCACCGAGAUCAGCUAAAUGGGACUGGGAACCUCGCCCAGAGGGUAAGAAUGAUCCAUCAAAAGAUGACAAAGAAGGGGACAAUUCCCCACAUGCCUCUGCUGAUGGUGACGCUGACAGAGCCAAGGAUAAGGAGAAAUCCAGAUCCAAGUCGAGGUCCAGGUCUAGAUCCAGGUCUCAUUCUGGUACACCCCCUCCUAAGAUAGAAGACAAAGGAACACCAUCUCCUCCUCCUGUUGGGAUUGUGAAACCUGCAGAUAAAAGGAGAUCUAAGGAUGAUGAGAAGGAUAGCAGUGAUGAUGAACAAAGGAGAAAGAGACGAACUUCAUCUCCAGACAGACACAGACGAAAGAGAAGUGCCGACCGGAGACGAAGGUCAAGAAGUAGAUCAAGAUCACGACAUAGGUCAUCUCCACGACGACGUGAUAAGAGGUCAAGGUCUAGAUCUCGCUCCAGGGAUAGGAGGAGGGACCGACGAUCCAGGUCUCGUUCUAGGGACAGGCGUAGGGAUUUCAGAAGGAGGUCUAGAUCAAGAUCAAGACAAAGACGGAGAACACCUAGCCCCCGCAGAAGAUCACCACCACCACGUCGGAGAUCACCAAGGAGAUCACCUGAGCGACGGCGUAGACCGUCUCCCCCACGCAGGUUAAGAAGGUCCCCUAGGCGGAGUAGGUCACCAAAGAGGGGACCUAGGCGUCGUUCACCGUCCACCUCUCCAUCCGGGAGCUCAUCUGGAAGCUCGCGCUCUCGCUCCCGAUCUCCACUAAGGAAAUCCAGGGUGGGGUCAAAGAAAAGACCUUCCCCAUCUCCAGUGAAGAAGGAAACCAAGAGAGGUCGAUCAUCAUCAAGUGGUUCAUCUAGGUCUCCUUCUCCUAAGAUGAAAGAUGAGAAGAUUGAGGAUAAGAAACGAGAUGAUUCUAUGUCCCCUCCUCCCAAAGAUUCUACUAAGAAGAAGGAUGAUGAUUCCAGUGAUGAUGAUAAGAAGGGCAAGGAUCACUCAAGCAGUGAUGAAGAGGACACAAAACCAUCUCCAGUGAAACAAAGCCGUUUCCCUAAACGUCAGUACCGACGCCGCUCACCAUCCAACUCGUCCGAUUCAGAUUCAGAAGAUGAGAAAGACAAAAAGAAGAGAAAGAAUUCAAGGUCACGCUCCCGCUCUCCAGAUGAUCGCAGGAGAAGACGGUCACCACCAAGACGUAGGAGAUCACCUUCUCCCCGUCGUCGAUCCCCUCCAAGAAGAUACAGCCCACCGAGACGCCGCCGAUCACCUCCAAGGCGCUCUCCACGUCGAUCACCACCAAGGCGGCGUAGAAGUCCAACUCCUGACAGACGGAGGCGUAGUCCUGAGAGACGCAGAAGGAGCCCAACACCAGACAGAAGACGGCGUCGUUCCCCAACACCUGAAAGGAGAAGACGACGUAGCCCUACACCCGAAAGACGCAGACGUAGUCCAACACCUGAAAGACGCAGGCGCAGUCCAACACCUGAAAGACGCAAACGCAGUCCAACUCCAGAGAGGCGAAGGAGAAGCCCUUCUCCAGAAAGGCGUAGACGAAGCCCCACCCCUGAAAAGAGGAGGCGUAGCCCAACCCCAGAGAAGCGGAAUAGGAGUCCAAGUCCUCGCAAGAGGUCUGCAGAUGGUCGAAGGACAAGUCAAAGUCCUGACAGACGGAGGCGAGUAUCUUCCCCCGACAUUAGGAAAAGAACCUCAUCUGCUGAAAAACCACGCCGUAGCAGAUCACCAAAACAUCGUCGUAGCAUGACUCCUGAGGACUCUAAAUCAAGAAGGCAAAGUCCUCCAAGGGGAAAGCGUGAUGAUGCUUCUCCAGAUGAGAGACGCAAGUCCCGCAAGAAAGCUGUCUCAGAUGACAGCUCUGCAGAGAGCAGUGCAGAUGAGAAAGAACAGUUGAGGAAAGGCCGGGACAGCUCCCGACAAAGUCUUGAAAAUCUGAGAGUCAAAGAAAGGAAGCAAGACAGUGAUGAAGAUAGCGACAGUCCGAGUCCACCAAGGAAGAAAGAGAGGCGUAGGAGAGACUUAUCAAGGGGUGAUUCAUCAGAUAAUGCGUCCCCAGAGAAGAGACCAAGACCAAGUCAGGAGCAGCAAGACGAUGACAGCGAUUUCUCCCCAUCACCUCCCCCGAGAAAACAACCAUCUCCAGAACCAAUGUCUCCAAAACGCAAGGAUAGAGGUGGCGAGAAGAAGAAAAAGAAGAAGAGAGAAAAAGCUGAUAGUGAUGAUGAGAGUGAAGACGAUAGAAAGAUGGAUGUUGACCAAGAGAAGGAAAGUCCAAAGGUAAAGAAAAGCAAGAAAAGAGGAUCAGUAGAGGUGACAUCUGAAGAGUCAGAGAAUGAGGUAGAAGAGCGUACUUCGAAAAAGAAAGAGAAGAAGGAGAAGAAGAAACACAAGAAACACAAAAAGCACAAGAAACAUAAGAAACACAAGAAGCAGAAGAAAGAAGAAAUGCAGGAAUCUGAGAGUGAUGGAGAGGAAAAAGAACGUCUUCUUCGAGAGCGAGCACUGAUGUCCAUGAGCAAGAGACAAUCGACAGAUUAGGAGCUUUUCUUUAAAAUAUCAGACAAGUUAAUUAGAUUUUAAUGAAUAAUUUUGUACAUUAUAUUCCAUGUUUCACCCCCAAAUAAUGAUUGCUUUUCCUUUUUAUUGUACACAUUGAAUGAAAUCAAAUUCCAUUCCACCUAUUUUUGUUGGUCAAAAGAUGAUAUGGUUUGGUCAAUUUGGAAAGGGAGGAGCCCUGUGUUAUGAAUGAAUCAGGUUGUUGUGCAGUGACUUACAUGGCACUCAAGAACAGAGAGUGAUGUAUUGUCACAUGACAUAGGAAGUCUUCCGCAAAAAUCGGAGCAGCCAAACAGUAGCUGUGUGAUCUAUCCAGAGCAGACCAAGGGUGGAAUUGCUGUUCCAACUCCCCAAGUUUCGAGUCAGACUACUCUUGUCAUGUAAAAAUAUAUUUAUCUCUUGCAUUGAUGAAUUUGACCCCGGAGCAUUGUAGUGGUCAUAACUGGGUGGCAUUUUAACAGAUUAUGGAUUGAGAAAGGGAUGUUGCUAUGUCACAGAAUAAAUUACCCUUUUUUUGACAUACUUGAAGCCCCCCCUCCCAUCUGCACCCGCACUAAAUUGGUCAAUCAUACCCCCUGUAUGUCGCUGUGUAAAACUCCCUGAUGUCGGUGAUCAAUAUUAGAACUGCAUUUGUAAUUUUGAACUUGAUUUUUUUUUCUAAAGUAUCAGGAUUUGAGGAGUACUUAUCUGAAGACUCUUUGGGUAACAAAUGCUGCCAUUCGAUUUUCAUUCAUUUAGAUUAGGCCUAAAAAUCAUUGACUUUUUUUAGCAGACCUGAAAUAUAAAAAAUACCAUGUUUUGUGAGAAAAUGUCAAGCUUUGGCAAAAAUUUGCUCAAAUUUGUACUCAAUGGCUUGACCCAAAGAAGACUGGGAGGGGGGGGGGAACUUGAAAGUGAAGUUAGCGAGCAACGCGGUAAAAAUUAUGCGCUGCACAUUUACCGCGGAAAAUGUUGACAAACCGAGUAUUCACUGACUUUUUACUUUCAAGUCUCGUGCAACUUUUCAGACCAUGACUGCGACUCCCAGGUACGAGGUUGCGAAAUUUACGCAACUUUUUGUAAGUGCAUGCAGACCCAUAAUUUACUCAAAAACGUGAAUUUGUGUACAAAUCCAAUGCAAAUAGGGAUUUUAGACAAAAUUCAUAAAUGUAUCAUUUCUUCAUUCACUGAUUGAAAUCAAUAAUUCCCAUCUUGUUAAUGGUCAUAAUAAAAUCCUUGACAAUUCCCAUUGAAUAAACAAAAAUGAGGAAAACAAAGAAAUACAUCAGAAAUUUAGAAAAAAUUAAAAUACGUAAGAAAAUAGAUAUGAUGUUGAAAUUUUUAAAAAGUACAUUAGGUCAGAUCCCUGUAAAGAGUCUUUGUACCAAAAAUAAGCAUUUUAGGGGCAUUAUUUAGUUAAGUAGAGCCAACUUGAUUUUAUGCAUAAAUUAGCAUAAUUAGCAAUGAGAUUUUUCGCAGAAUUUGGUUUUGUAGAUUAUGCCAUGGGUAAUGCAUGUGCCAAUUUUCAUCGCGAUUGCGCGAUCGAUGGCCUGAAUCAGCCCCCGCCCCCAGUCUUCUUGGGGCGUCAAAAUUGCCCAGUCUAUUUAUGGUUAAAGAAUUCACUUAAAUAUGUAUUUUGACUGCAUAAAUACAUCAUACCCACUUAAAUAUGUAUUUUGACUGCAUAAACACAUCAUACCAUGCAUGUAUUUUGUGAAGCAAAAGUGUAUAUAUAUCAAGAAA